GUGUGUGUAAUGUAGUGAGGGGAAGCUAACAUCAUCUAGCUACAAACUACGAGACGACGUUAAUAUGCAAACAGACCAAAACAACGGCAGUCCACCUAAUAUAUUGUGUAGUACGUGGACUUCGAGACAUUUUGGUCACUUCGAGAUAACAACUGGAUUGUUUCAGUAUUUUAAAAAGACAAACUGCCAGCUGGUGUGUUAAUGAACAGUGAUGGAGUCAUCUCAGAGGGACAGGCUGUCGGUGCUGGUGGAGGAGCUGACCACAUCAGGACAGCCACAGCUCAACCAGGACAAAAUGAAGGAAAUCAAAAAGAUCUGCAAGGUGUCGAAUGACUGCAUAGACCAUGUGUACCACUCAGUGAUGUCACAGCUUAGCCAAGAACAUGCUGAGGUCCGACUGUCUGCCUUCCAGAUAGCCACUGAGCUCUUUACCAGAUCACAUCACUUCAGAGUGCUGCUAGUGGACAAUUUCCAGGAGUUUUUGGAGCUGACUGUAGAGACUGACUCAGAGCAGCCCCUCCCGCCCCCCAAACAAGUAGCCAGGAAACUGAGGUCACUGGCCAUCCAGACUGUCCAAUCAUGGCAGGCCUCCUAUGGGACGGCCUAUAAGAAAUUAGCUCUCGGCUACCACUUUCUCAAACAAGUCAAGAAGGUGGACUUCCAGGAUGCUGAGGCCAGGACAGUCGCAGAGAGGAGGAGGGUUGAGGAGAGACAGAGGAGAAUGGAGACGAUUUACAAAGAAAGGGUCGAGGCAGCUUCCAGAGACAUGGAUGAGUCAUACCAGGAAAUUCAGUCAACACUAACUGAGAUGGAAUCCUGCAUGAGCCUUCUUCUCCCAGAGUUCAACCUGACAGACAUCCCGACCACCAGUAGUAGCCCCUCAAACAUCCAACCAGCUGAUGAUUGUCCAUCAGCUGGUGAACAGCCAUGCUGCAGCAAAGAUGUGAGGGAUGACUGGAGAGAAGGAAUGAUACAAGAGAGAGAGGAGGGCUGGGAAGAAAAGGAAAGUAAUCCUGGGGAAAAUAGAGGGAAAGAAGAAAAAGGAAUGACAGAGGAGAAGAGGAUCCACAGGGAGGAGAUAAAAGAGAAGGAAGUGAAGGAGAGUUCUGAGGAUGAGGUAAGGGAGGAUAAAGAGAGGAGAGAGGAGAAGGGGAAGAAGAAGACACAAAAGGGGGGAGAAAAGAAGGCACAGAUGCAGACAACACAAAGAGAGGGAGAGGAGGAAGAAGACAGUGAAGAGGAAGAGGAGGAAAAUAGUGAAGAGGUGGAAGAUGCUGAUGAAGAAGACUUGUUUAUUCGUAACUCUGGACUCAUCUCUCACUCCUACAGUCUGGACCUGAACAUCAGCUCUGGUCCUCAAGUUAAGGAGACAGAGGAUAACGAGGCAGUUGUUUCCACAGUGAUAGACCUCCAUAAACUGAUCAAAACAAAACACCUUCCAGCUGUGCAUGGCUGGGUUCAGGUCUUCACCAAGUCAGGUGCUGAGCAGCCACUACUAAGGAGAGCACUGGAUCUGAAGCGGUCUUUGGAAGCUGCCCUGCAGAAGCACAAAGAACUUCACAUCGAUUACAGGACCAGGGUCCGCAAAGUGAUGAAGGCUUCCUCAGGAGGAGAGGAGGACAGCAGUGAUGACAGUGAUGACUUUGAUGAAGUUCCAGAAAAAGAGGGAUAUGAGCCACACAUUCCAGAGCAUCUACGAGCCGAGUAUGGUUUGGAUCCGUCUCCUUCCACAUCAACAGUCACAAAAUAUACUCCUGCUAAAAGACCUACGGCUCCUCCUGUGUCGUCCCCCUCAGCCAGACGCUUAAAACAGCUGGCAGAGGAGGUGCAGGAUCCAACAUGUGCAGCUGCCACACUGCUCCGCCUCAGACAGAACCUUCCUCCACCCACAGAUCCCAGCUGCAGCUCCUCAGCUCCCAGUUCACAGCAGCCCACCUCAGACCAGAAGGCUGCUGAUGCUCCUGUGGUUCCUUUUGGUUUGGACCUGUACUACUGGGGCCAGGAGCAGCCCAACGCUGGCAAGAUCGUCAAGUCGGCCUCUCAGCAUCAGUUCUGGUUUCAUGCUGAGGGAGAUGUGGAGGUGGAGAACAAGGAGCUCUUGGCAGAGAGCAAGAGCAGAUACAUUUCCUUCCCUGGAAGAUUCGUUCCUGUCAGCCAUUACUGCAGAGCUCCACUGGGCAAUGGAAGCUUGUGUCAAAGACAAGACCGCGUCAAGUGUCCUUUUCACGGCCGGAUCAUUCCUCGAGACGACGAGGGUCGACCCAUCAGGGAGGAGGACCGGUUGAGAGAGGAGAGGAGGAAGAGAGAGGAGCAACCUGACUGGCGUGAUGCAGAGCUGAUGCGAGACAUUGAAGCUGCAACAGGAGAAGACCUGGGUUCUGACAGGGUGCAGAAAAAAGGGAAAGGGAAAGGGAAGAAGAAGAAAUUCCCCAACCUCAGUGAUGUGAAGCAGACGGCCAACACAGCCCGCUCCAGGCUGGAGAAAAAAGUAUUUAACAAGAGCACCAUGCGCAGAGUAGCUCAAGUGAUGAGUAAAGCUGACGGAAGAAAACAUGAGAAGUUCUCCAACCAGUUCAACUACGCUCUUAACUGACCUUCAGCCAGCUUUAUAUUCCUUGAAGUGAACUCAGAUGGACCGUUUUUCUGUAAGACUUUGUUAACUUUUCUCGCACUGAGAGCAGAGAAGAUUUUAAUUUAUUGAUUGUGCCCACACUGUGUAUGAUGAGAUUAUCGUGAUUGGAAUAGCAAUCAAACACUAAUGUAUUUGGAAUUAUUAUAACUGUGCUUGUUCAGGCAAAGCUUGUUUAAGAUGUGAUCAUUCACCAGAGGUACACACAUCCUCCUGAAAGAUGUGUUCUGCUUCUUCUGACUACACGUGCAGCUUCUGAAACACUUAAUGGAAAAUGAUCAGCGCCCAGAAAAUAAAACCUUCCAUUUUUAUCUUAAUAUUGCCUUUCUAUGAGCCAAGUCUAUUUUUCAUCAAGUACUGUUGACACAAUAUUAACAAUUUUUUUCUAGCAUUCUUUUGUUCAGUGUUUUGGUUUAUAUUUGUUUUGUGUUUUUUUUUGCUAUGAAUGAAGAUGAUGCCAAUUAAAAAGAUUUUUUCAAGAACUAAACUGUUAGUCUUUCCUCUGCUGUGUUUUUGGUCUUUCUCCUGUCCUCCAUUUAAUGAGCUUCAUUCAGGGUUCGUUCAGCAAUCACACCUGCUGCGCUAUACUGUGAGAAAGUUUGGUCAGGAAGACUCUUAAGAAAUAAUUAAUAUCUCAAAUUAUACUAAUUAUAAGAUCUCCAAAACAUAAAGCAUAUAUUUGAUACUAUCCCCUGUGAGUGAGUAUCCUAUUUUGUGUAAAUGUCCAUUGUUUAAUUCACUGUUCAUGCCUUGUUU